GAGAUAAGUUUCCAAUUGGAGAGAGAGACUGUUUCGUGCGAAAGAUAUAUAUAUUUUUCACCACAAAACAUCACCAAUGUCCAUUAUUUGAUGUUUUCACAAGCACCGGAACAAGCAAUUAGGCCAACACAACAAAAUUAGAGUAACAAAAGAACAAGGAAACAAACAAAGUAAGAAACAAUAAUUCACAUUGCUCUCUGAUAUUCUUGUUGUCUAUUAACAAUUAUUAUAUAUUAUCAACUCCACCAUUCCUUCCACUGCUCCAAUUCCAACUAUUUAGUCACUAGUUUCCUUCACGCACCUUACUAUAUUGACUUGCUCCUUUCACCAUGACUGAAUCUUCUCACAAGUCUUCAGAGGUUGAAAAUGAUGAUGAUUUUAGAGUUCACGUGUUCUCUUCAUCAUCCGAGUUGCUUGAAAAGCUUCAUGAAAAAUGGAGUUCAGUGGAGAAACAACCAUACCCAGCUAUGUAUUCUAGUAUUUAUGGAGGUAUCAUACUUGAUCCAGCAAUGAUGGUAAUCCCCAUUGACGAUCACAUGGUACACAGAGGGCAUGGUGUGUUUGAUACAGCUAUUGUCUUUGAUGGAUAUCUCUAUGAGUUGGAUGUGCACCUUGACAGAUUCCUAAGGUCAGCCUCCAAAGCAAAGAUAUCCUCACCAUUUUCUCGGUCAACCCUUCGCAGCAUUCUAAUUCAACUAACUGCAGUAUCAAAAUGCAAGAAGGGAACUCUAAGAUUCUGGUUGAGUGCAGGUCCUGGGGAUUUCUUGCUGUCAUCAGCAGGAUGUCCAACAUCUGCAUUCUAUGCAGUAGUCAUUCACCAUGAUUUUUCCCAAUGCAAAGAGGGAGUUAAAGUGAUUACUUCCAAAAUACCAAUGAAGCCACCUCUAUUUGCCACAACAAAAACUGUGAAUUAUCUUCCAAAUGUCCUUUCAAUAAUGGAAGCUGAAGAGGAAGGAGCAUUUUCUUCUGUGUGGAUUGAUGAGGCAGGUUACAUAGCUGAAGGUCCAAAUGUGAAUGUUGCUUUCAUAAAUCAGGACAAGGAACUUGUCAUGCCUCCUUUUGAUAACAUCCUAUUUGGUUGCACUGCAAAAAGGCUUCUUGAACUUGCACCCAAGUUGGUUGAUCAAGGGCUUUUGAAAGGUGUAGCAACUAAAAAACUGACUGUGGAGGAAGGUAAAGCUGCUGCUGAAAUGAUGUAUGUAGGAAGCACCCUUCCUUUGUCGCCUAUCAUCAUGUGGGAUGAUCAACCCAUUGGCAAUGGUAACUUAGUAACACAGGGAGAGUUGGAGAAUUAACAAUGUUACUUUCGGAUUUGUUGCUGGAUGAUAUGGUAGCUGGCCCUGGCACACAGAGAAUACCUGUUCCUUACGUCUAGUGAACCUACCAAGUCAUCAAAUUGCAGGCUGGGAACAGCUUUCUUAUUUUAUGCGUCAUGUUCCUAGGAGUUCGGGUUGCAAAAGAUUUACUCAUGUUUGUCUUUGCAUUUGCUUUAUGUAUUUGAAGUGUGAAAACUGAGCAAGUCCUGAAGUGAAGCAGCAGGUGUUUCCUGCUACACAAAAUUUACGUAGCAGAUAAAUAAUCCUUCAACUGUUUCACGUUGUUGUAAUGAAAUAAUAAAGACUCUGCACUGCAGAGUGCCAGAACCAUUGGCUUUGAUAUUCACGCAUGUUUCCACGUGCUCCAGUUGUGUGCAAUGCAUGCAUUUAUUUUCCAUAUAGU